AUGGCUCGCCAUCCUUCUCUCGACUCUGAGCGGCCUAUCAUGUCCAGCUCGAACCGAAACUCCAAGCGAUUCUCCACUCUCAGUGGCAGCCCCUCCCUUGCAAACUCGGAGCGCACCAUCGGCAGCCUUCCCAGCGGAGAUCCCAGAGUCGCCGACAUCCAUCAUCUCGGAGAUGGGCUGGAACGCCUUGAGAACAAACCCUUGCAGGCCCAGCGCUUUGUCCCCACGGCAGAGAAGACCGAUAACCUCAAUAAGUUAGCACUCGGGGCCAAGGUCGAGCGAGCUUUGGGUCGCAGAAUGACCGGUCAGGAUGCGGUCAUGCGAAAGCCUCUCGAUGAGAAGGCGGCCGCCGAGGCCACCUCUUCGUAA